AUGAAAUAUUUGGUUACUAUAUUUUUAUUAUUUAUUUUGUUUUCAAUAAUUAAAUGUCAACCUCCAAGAUGUUUAUACAGUGAUAUUUAUGCAAAAUCACCACACCCAAACUUAAUACCCUCUGUAAAUUAUGUUAAUUGGUGGAUUUAUGAACAUUUUAAUGAUGCUGGUAAUGGUGGUUCAUCUUUUUAUACAGAUAGUAAUUUAAAGGACCUAAAUGAAAAAAUUUUUGAAUUGAGCGAUUAUGAUAUGAGAGAUCAAAACCAGGAAUCUCCAAUUACUCAAACAUUCAGUCAAGUGAAUGAUCUUCGAUUUUCAAGUAUUUCUUACAAUAAUGCUUUUGAUGACAAUUACUCAACAGGAAGUGCACAUGAAAAAGGAUUUUUUAUUUGGAACGAAGAAGGUGGUAUUCAUGUUAUUCAUAGUAUUCCCCACACACCUCAAACUAUGGAUGGUUUCUUUUUACAUACCUCCAAAGAUAAAUAUUUACAACAUUCAAUUUGUAUUACAUUGUUACCAGCUGAAUUAGAUAUUAUUCCUAAAUUUUUGAUUUAUACCAACCCUGCAAUUGGAACAAUAAAUUCUAAAGUGAUUACUGGUUCAAUCUUAAGUGCUUUAACAAACAAAAGUACAAAAGAUGUUAAUAAUGUUGACACAACCGAUAUAUUGGUUACAGUAACAGAUGAUAAUAUUAUAGCUACGAAACAGUUUACAGAAAUCGAUACAAUUAUUGAGGGUAAUUUUAUUGUUGAUAAUUUUAUUGUUGGUCAAACUCUCCCAAGAAUUAUUAAAAUUCUACAAUGGGCUAAAUUGGCUCGUCAUGUGGCUGGAAAUAUUGAAUUUUCAUCAGAUCUGGAUCCAAAUUUACCAAGCUAUCAUUAUUAUAGAGCAAAGAAACAUUCAUUUGGUGAAUACUUUGUUCAAACUCCAAUACCAGAAAAGAGAAAUAUUAUUGCUGGAACCUCUCAGCAUAACUUGGCAAGAAUGAAUAACAUUGAAAUUUUAUGGCAAUACAUCGGUAAAUAUUACAGUAGUAUUUCAAAAUGGAUGUCUCAAACAAUGACUUCAAAUAAAGGAUUUGCUAAUAAUGUAGUUCCUGGUAAUAAUGUAGAUACAACUUUCUCAUUAACAUUUAAACUCAAUUAUCCAUUCCUAAAUGACCAUCAACAAAGAAGUGCCUCAAAAGAUCAUUCAAAGUUCAUGUAUGGUACCAGUAACAAUGGUCAACAAAAAAUCUUUUGUAUAGGUGGUUUAAAUUGGCAAAGAGUUCAAGAAUCAAGAGGAGGGGCAGCUUUUUGCAUGGAUGGUAUUGGUUAUUUAGUUGAUUAUAUGAAAAGACAUGUAUCAUGGACAAGAAAAGGAAUAGCCCAAGAUCAAGUAAAAUCUGGUGUCCCACAAUCAACAGCAGGAACUGAAAUAGACUUUUCUUGGAUAGAGGAUCAAUUGAACAUCCAAAAACUAUAUAUUCCAAUGGGAUUCGAAAUUUUAAUACCAACAACACAAAAUCCACUUCCAAAAAGAGUUAUUGAACCAGCACAAUCAAAUUAUAAAACCAAAAAUGCUCCACUCCUUGUUGAACCUGUACAGACACCAUUAGGUGCCUUAAGUUAUAAAUCUGAGGCAAUUUCAAUCGAUGUAUUCCCAAGUGUAAAAGAUAAAGUACAUAUAUGUCUACAAUCAUCCCAAUGUCCGUAUGAAUUAUCAGCUAAAUUUAAUAUCAUUUCAAAUAUAAAUCUUAUUGUUACUCCUUAUCAAAGAGACUCACAAUCAGAUCCUGUUAUGACAAUUACCUCCAAUCCAAUUCCUGCCAUUUCAGUUUCACAAGUAUUGAAGAAUAAUUAUUUCUCUUCUAUGGCCACUGAAAAAAUAAUUCAACUAAGUGGUAAUAAUUUUGGAGUUUAUUUACAAAAGACUCAACAAACUCUAGAUGAUUUUAAAUUUCAAUUUCCACAAUCAAGUAUCAAUACCCCUUGUACUAUUUCACCAAUAGGUAAUGAUAUUUCAAUUAUGUUUCAUGAAACUUGUGUUGAUCAACUUAUAUUUUGCUUAUUUAGUCAUUUCCACAUGUAUUCAAUUCAAAAUAAUAAUAUACCAGUGUUUAUGGUAGAUGACCAAGCUUCAUUUUAUAAUGAUGUUACCCAAAUUCUUAAUGAAUUCUUUCCAAACAUUCCAGAUAUCAGUAGAUGUGUUGAACAACCACCUUCACCUGGAACUGCAAUGACUGAUAACGAUGAAAUUAAUGAAGUGAUGGGAUCUCAGGCCAUGACUGAUGAAAUUUAA